UUCAAGAACUUGAGGAGUUUGUUGAUGUACUCUACGAGGUUGAAAAGUCGUCAGCAACUGAGCCAUUGACAGAUGGCCAACGGAUUGCGUGUUUCUAUUAUGACGCGUGGUGCAGUUGACAGCAGGCAUCAUAA